GGUCGCGUUUCUGACCGUGACCGCCAUCCUCAUGGACGAAUAUAAAGGUUCAAUCCGACUUGACACGAACCGCAGCAGCAGACGUUCUGAUGUAUCUGAAAAGGGUCUCACCUCUCUGUGGUCGUUGACUUGACCCCCAACUACUGGGAACUUUCUUCCCAAGAUGAAUCUGAUCCACUCAGUCUAUCCACCUUCCUGUCUCAGUUGCUCGCUUUCUUGAACGCACACAUCUCCUGCAUGCACGAGAACACUUUGGCUGUUUUCGGGGCGUUUCCUGGCAAGAGGUUCGCUGCUUCUCCGACUUCACGCGGUUUCUGACCCAUGGGCAGCGUGUUACUCUAUGAGUCGGACUCUGUGGCCGUAUCAUCGGAUUCGAACACGAACGCAUAUCCUCCGUUCCAUGCGAUGGACUCCGCAGUAGUACAAGGAAUAUCGAGCGAGCUCAGUCUGAUACCAGAGCAUGAUGAGCACGGUGCGCGCUCUGCAGUAAUUGUUUUGCGCCUGCUCAAUACCUCUAGCACCAUCUCUGGUUGGGGCCAUCAUCAAAGCGCUUUGCUGUACGGCCGACUACCGCACUCCUGGCUCUGCUGACGAGAAUCGCAGAUGUUAAUAGGAUCACACUGCCUCCAGACCCCAAUUCCAAGACCCAAGCUAACGGCUUCCAUCCAGGGGUCCUCCCAGACCCCAGGAUUCUCAUCAUCUCCGUCUCGCCGGACCACUCGACAUCAUACAUACCCAUCAUGAACGCUAUAUUUUCGGCCCAAAAGCUUGUCCGUUCUAACGGUGUCGGGUUGAUUUCGUUCUCACGAUCCGCAGAAAGCGGCCAUUGAUGUGUGCCAGCUGUAUGGUGCAAGCUCAGUAUUCCUCCAGCAAGCGGCGCACUUGACUGGCGGAUCGUAUAUCUUCUUGGAACGACGAGAAGCGCUUUUGCAGUAUCUUAUUGUAAGGGAGAUGCAUGCUUUUGUUGCAGUGCAAAACUGAGCAUUAUGUGCAGAUGUCUUUUCUCCCGCCUCCCGCUGUGCGCAAGACACUAUCCGUUCCCACACAAGAGCAAGUCGACUUUCGGGCUGCCUGUUUCUGUCACAAGCGAAUAGUGGACAUCGGAUUCGUGUGCUCGGUCUGUUUAUCUAGUGAGCACGUUGCAACGAUAGCGUCAAGGGAGGCUAUUAAUGCGGGUCCAGUCUUCUGCCAGCCGAUUCCCGUGUGUACAACGUGUCGGUGAGCCUAGAAUGUUCCACCGAGAAUGGCGCUUACACAAGGUUUUAGAACCAAGUUCCCGAUGAAGACACUGCAACGGCUGAACGCGGCCAGACCCCUAUUAGCGACGGCGAACAGGGUGAACUCGACGAACGGGACAGUCGGUAAUGGGCUGGGAAGAGCUGUGCACGGCAGAGUGGCGAACGGGUCGGCGUAAGAUGGGCGUAACCUUGGUGUAGCGAGAUGGCUCGUGGUCAGAGAAGGUGACACCGGCGCCGAGACUAGCAACGUCACAGCCUUCUGGCAUGAUGACCGCCAGCGAAUGGCGAGGAGUGUGGGUCAUCACGGCACUUUUGAUGGCGUCGGCCGGUGACCGCUAGCCUCGCCGAGGCACGGGGGCAUACGUAGGCCCGAGGAGGGGGUGUGGCGAACAAAGAUAGUGGUAGAUGAUGAACUUGGCGAGGGCCAGCGUGCCGGCGAUGAGGGAAGAAAAGAUGUAGCGAACAGGUGCCAGGUGAGCGAUGGCAACGGCGACGAAUCCGUGUCAAAGGAUUGAUGGUCCAGCAAGGAAGGUUAGAUUUGUGACGGUGACGCAUGCACUACCUUCUGCACGUCGGGAGAUGCAGCUAAAAUACGCAGUCCAGACGGCGAAGAAAUGUAGUUUUCAGUAGUCCACACGGCAAAGGCUGUGAAAUAUUACGAUUUCGGGCCCUCGAGAUUACCCAGAUUUGUGAUCAAAAUGUCGGGUGGCGAGGGUACCGGCCGGCGACAACUGCGACAAGCAAGUUCUCACAACGUCAGAGGCGCCCCUUCCCUUCGUUCCUCCGCUCGCCAUGUCAUCCGCCGCCAACUCCCCCUACCCUCUGGCCGCCAACUACGACAGCGACGAGAUGGACAUCGACUCUGAGAAUGACAACAAAGACGCUGACGGCGAGUCCGUCGAGGCUGAUCAUGACCUCAACCCCGUCCCAGUCGCCGGGCCCUCGUCUUACGUCUCUAACCUCGACUCGGGCGAAGACUCGGGCUACGACGAUCAAGGAGAAGAUGAAGCUGACGACGACGAGGAAGAUGGCACAUACGCAGACCAUUCCUACCCCAAGAAACGCGUUCACAAGAAGAAGCACAUCCCCUCCGCCGUCCCUCGGCCCAGACCCGUCGCGCGUCCUGCGAACGAUUCAGACUCUGAUUCAGACUAUGGGUCGAAGUCAAAGAAGAAGAAGAAAGCAAGGACAAGUGCAGCUGACGAAAUCCGUAUAUCAAGUCGAGGGGGGAAAGUCCCCAACUACGUCGACGACGUUCAACCCUUCGAGGAAGAGAUAAUAGAGGACGUAUACACCGGACCUCAGAUCCAAGCUCUUGAGGAUGACGAGAUCGAGCUCGUUCUUGCUCACAGUCGUGAUGAGGGCAAAGAGCAGGAUCCCGAAGAUUUAUGGUUUGAAAACAUUCGUUUCCAUAUCAAGUGGAAGGGCUUUUCGCACCUUCACAACACGGAUGAGACCUAUGACUUUCUGAAGCGAUUUAAAGGCCUGAAACGCGUCGACAACUAUAUCAAGGCAUACAAGAUAUGGCAGGCACGCGCCACCGCCCCAGGCUUGACGGCAGAAGAUAUCGAGGCGCUUCAGAUCGAAAAGGAACGUGAACGACAAGAGCUCGAGACAUACAAGACGGUCGAACGUGUUGUAUCUCACCGCGAGAAUCUCGAAGGCGACGAGGAGUAUUUUUGCAAGUGGACGGGGCUCAAUUAUGAGCAUUGCACUUGGGAGAACCAGAAAGAUGUGAAGCCCAUUGCCAGAGACGCGAUCGAGGCCUAUCGCAGCCGAGAGGCUGAAGGCAAGUUCCCGUACAAGAGCAUCUCGUAUGGCAGAAACAAUCGGCCGAAAUUCGAGAAGAUCACGAAAGACCCGGACUACAUUGAGGCGACUGGUGGGGCACUCAAAGACUUCCAGUUGACGGGGCUGAAUUGGCUGGCCUAUCUGUGGAGCAAAGGGGACAACGGCAUUCUUGCGGAUGAGAUGGGUCUCGGAAAGACCGUGCAAACGGUGUCCUUCAUCUCUUAUCUGUUCCAUCAAUUGGAUCAGUAUGGGCCAUUUCUGGUUAUCGUUCCUUUGUCGACCAUCACUGCAUGGCAAAGCCAAUUUGCAGUCUGGGCUCCGGACAUCAAUGUGAUCACGUAUAUUGGCACUGCCCAUGCGCGAGAAGUCAUUCGCCGGUUCGAGUUCGGGCCGUCCAACAAGAAGCUCAAGAUGAAUGUGCUCCUCACAACUUACGAGCUCACUUUGCGGGACUCGAAGGAACUGGGGGAGAUCAAAUGGCAAGCUUUGGCGGUUGAUGAGGCCCACCGACUCAAGAACUCAGAAAGCCAGCUCUACGAAGCUCUCCGAUCUUUCUCAGCAGCCUCGAAGUUGUUGAUCACCGGAACACCUCUGCAAAACAACGUUAAAGAACUGCUCUCGCUCAUGCACUUCCUAAUGCCUGAACGAUUCGCACUGUCAAACGAGUUUGAUUUGAACGAUGUGGAUCAUGAAUCCAAGAUCAAGGACCUCCACGAGCAACUCGAGUCACUGAUGCUUCGACGGUUGAAGAAAGAUGUGCUGACAUCGCUGCCCACGAAAAGCGAACGCAUUUUGCGCGUCGAAAUGAGUGCACUGCAGACGCAUUUCUACAAAAACAUUUUGACCAAGAACUUCCAAGGCUUGAUGAAGAGCGCCAACGGGAACACCAACAUCAGUUUGCUCAACAUCGCAAUGGAGCUCAAGAAAGCAGCCAACCACCCCUAUCUUUUCGACGGCGCCGAGGUCCGCACUGACACACGUGACGAGAUGCUCAAGGGCAUCGUCAUGAACAGCGGAAAGAUGGUUCUCCUGGAUAAACUGCUUGCCCGUCUCAAGGCCGAUGGUCACAGAGUGCUCAUCUUCAGCCAAAUGGUCCGCAUGCUCGAUAUCCUCAGCGACUACAUGUCGUAUCGGGGAUUCAUCCACCAACGACUCGACGGGAUGGUGUCCUCGGAUGCGCGGAAAAAAUCGAUUGCCCAUUUCAACGCUCCUGGGUCGACAGAUUUCGCGUUCUUGUUGUCUACACGAGCCGGAGGCCUGGGUAUCAACCUGGAAACAGCCAACACCGUCAUCAUCUUUGACAGCGACUGGAAUCCUCAGAACGAUCUGCAGGCCAUGGCUCGUGCACAUCGUAUCGGACAAAAGUCACACGUCAGUGUGUACCGGUUUGUCAGCAAGGACACGAUGGAGGAAGAUGUGCUCGAACGUGCGAAGAAGAAGAUGGUCCUAGAGUAUGCCAUCAUCAACCAGAUGGACACUUCCCAAGCCCAUCUUGGGACCAAAACGACGGGCAAGGAAGCGCACAAGCCAGACAACAACCUCAGCAAAGACGAGCUUACGGCAGUACUCAAGUACGGCGCGCAGAAGAUGUUCGACAAGGACGAUACCCAGCAGAGCCGCAAACUCGAUGAGAUGGAUUUGGACGAAAUCCUGAACCGAGCUGAAGAUCACGAGACCCUUGAGAUGAAUGGGGAGGCAGGAACGUCGCUUGGCGGUGAAGGCUUCUUGGCCCAGUUCGCCGGGGUCACCGACAUCAAGAAUGAUAUGAGCUGGGAGGACAUUAUCCCCCUGGAGCAUCGUCAGCAACUGGAGUUGGACGAGGACCGGAAGACGGAGGAGCUGCUUGCAGGCGAGCCUCGGAAACGGACGCAUGCUCUGGUGUCGUACGAGGGCAUGGACGUCGACCAACCGACGCCUGCUGCACCAAAGAAGCCUAAGGUACCGGGACCCAUGCGCAAGAGUGCCAGCCAGAAGGCGAUGGAGCUCAAGGAACGAGAUGUUCGAGUUUUGAUUCGGAGUCUGCAACGUUGGGGAGACAUUCGUCAACGUUACGAUGUGAUCGUUGGAGAGGCCAAACUCCAAGACAAGAACAAAGGGAUGAUCAUUGAUGUUGCGGACGACAUCAUCGAAGUCUGUAACAAGGCGCUCAAAGAAUCUGAGGAUCAGAAGCGGACCCGGGCUGCAACUGGCGAGCCCUUGACCAAUGCGCAAAAGAGCAAGGCCGUCCUUGUUACUUGUCGAAACGUCGCAAAUAUCAACGCAGAAACGGUGGUAUCAAGGCAUCGGGAUCUGCGGAUUCUAUUCAACGUGCUGAACGAAAUCGAUGACCCGUACAAAUGGAUGCUCCCAAUCGAUAAUAUCCGCCCGACAUUGAAUUGGUCAGGGCGCUGGGGCCCCCAGGACGACUCGAUGUUGCUCGUUGGUGCAUUCCUACAUGGGUUUGGGAACUGGGAAGCGAUCGCGAAGGAUAAUAAACUUGGCUUGGAUGGCAAGUUUUUCCUCGAGGAAGGGAAGAAGGGCGAAGACUCGGCUAACAAGCCUAUCCCGAAUGCGAUCCAUCUCGUUCGCCGGGGCGAUUUCUUGCUGGGACUGUUGCGAGAGCACGACGAGAAGCUGCGGUCGUAUGAGAGUUCGCUCAGACACAAAGGAUUUAAGGUGUCGGUGUCUCCUCCUCCGAUGGCAUCCUCGUCCUCCGCUUCAACCUUGAAGCGACGAGCAGACAGCGAAGCCAUCGCCUCGGUCGACGACAACGCAUCCCGAAAGCGGAAACGAAGGCCAACGCCCACCUUCACUGACUCGGAAUCCUCUGAAGAAUGUCCGUCCAUGGACGAGGCUUCGACGAAGGAAGAGCUGAGACCUGUCAAGAAACAGCUGAAACAACUGAAGCUGUCUGGUGAAGAAAUGCCUCGUGACGACAAAGUCGCCAUUCUGAAAGACUCCCUCGCUGCCAUCGGUCGCCGUAUCGAAGCUGUUCUCGCCACCAAGGAGGCUGCUGGCGAAGACCGCGAACGAUGGCGAAGACAUCUGUGGACAUUCGUGACUCUUUUCUGGCCGAAGAAGGUCAAGGCCUCGAAGCUGGAGGAGAUCCACGCUAAAAUGGUGGUCAAACUUAACUCUGACGUGCCUCGGGCAGGCUCAGAAGGCAGCUCGAAAAAGCAGCGAGUGACAGUGGGGUCGAAAUCCAAUGGGUCGUCGAGUAUGGCCAACGGAAAAUCACAUCGCUGAUGACUUUAUAAUCCUCCUGCACCUUCUCCCGCUACAUCAGACAACGAUACUUAUUUCAAUCGUGUAUUAACGACUGCACUGUGUAUAGAAGAAUUGAAAGAUGUUGUUGAACA